GAUUGAAUACCUGGAAUGACAGGGAGCUCGCCACCUGUCACUGAAUACCUGUCAAUGACAGGGAGCCAUUCAUGGCCAAACUCAGCGGAUCUUCAGAUACCUAAGGACAAUUCUCUCCCCCAAGGACAGGUACCCCGAACUCCUGAGAUUGUCACUGUCAGUCACCCUCCUGUCGAGAGCCUUAGUCCCUGUGCCAAAUGGAAUGACGCUCCAGUGCUGAGUCCGAGCAGAUUUGCCCUUAAUCUGGGCCAGGGGUCAUCUAAAGUGGACCUGCAUUUCAACCCACGCUUCCAUGAAUCUGUCAUCGUCUGCAACUCACUGGAUGGCACCUGGGGGGAGGAGCAGAAGGAUGGUCACAUGUGCUUCAGCCCAGGGUCAGAGGUCAAGUUCACCGUGACCUUUGACAAUGACGGAUUCAAAGUGAAGUUGUCAGACGGGCACCAGUUGACCUUUCCCAACAGAAUGGGCCACAGCCACCUGAGCUACCUGAGCAUACAGGGUGGGUUGAGCAUCACCUCCUUCAAGAUCGACUGAGCGGAGAGCACCUCACCGGAGUCAAAGACCCCACUGCGGAUUCCCGAUCCUGAGCUCCCGCUCCGUCACAGAUCAGCAGCCGCUGAGUCCCGGCUGCCGGCCAGCAGUUCCUGCCCCUGGGACCCUACUUCCCUCCCCUGAGGCUAAGACCAGACAAAAGAAGCCACCUUUACCUAGUC